AUGCUUCUCAUGGCUGGUGACAAUUGGAACUUUGUAAAAGUUUUUGCUUCAUUGCAUUCCGGACGUUACCUUUGUACGAUAGUACCAGAGGGAACAAUACAAAUGAAUGAUGAAUUCAAUAUUAUUUCCAAAUCUUAUGGUAUACAAAGUACACCACCCGGUGUGCAACGUAUUUUACUCAUUCAUCCACGGUUACGACGAGGACGUUUCUUUGAUUUAAAUCCUAUGAAAGCUAAACUACAACUGGAAGAAGCAGUGGCAUUGGUCAAUACUUUGCCGAACUUCAAAGUUAUGGAAACAACUGCAGUAAGCACUGAUCGCUCUACUAGAAAGAAACGUCUUUGGGGCGAAGGACGCAUUGAACGGAUAAUUGCUCUCAAAGAAAAAAUCUCUGCCACGGCACUGAUGAUUGAUGUUGAUAUUUUAUCGCCAAGGCAACAGGCUGAAUUAACAGCAGUUUUCGAUGCUCCUGUAUAUGAUCGUUACAAUAUAGUAUUGCUCAUUUUCAAAAUGUUUGCUAAAACAAAAGAGGCUAAGCUGCAAAUUCAACUUGCCGAAAUUCCUUACAUAAGGCGACGAUUACUAUCUAUGUAUGAAUUACGUGUGAAUCCAUCUAUUUUCCAUCUCGACGCAUCCGAAAAAUCAAAAGCUGAUAGAUUAGAAGUUUUACGAUAUCGUGAGCAACAUUUACGAAAAUGCCUAAAAGCUGCAGUAGAAGAAAAAGUUAAAUUGCGAGUUGGUGAAGCUCAGAAAAAUAUACGGACAGUAGUUGCUGUAGUAGGAUAUACAAAUGCUGGCAAGAGUUCGUUGAUUAAAAGGUUAACAGGACGCAAUUUAUAUGUCGAAGAUCGUUUAUUCGCUACAUUAGAUACAUCAUUACAUGUUUUUCGAUUACCAUCCGGUUCACCCAUACUUUUUGCGGAUACAAUUGGAUUUAUAUCGAAUCUGCCUACCCAGUUACUGGCAUCCUUUCAAGCUACACUAAAUCAUGUUGCGAAUGCAGACUUAUUGUUACAUGUAGAGGAUAUUUCGAAUCCAGAUUAUCUUACGCAGCGCGAUGUCGUAAUGAAAACAUUAUCAGUAUUAAAAAUUAAGAAUGAAUUACUAAACUCAAUGAUUCGGGUUGGAAAUAAAAUUGAUAAAUUGAGCAGAUUACCUCCUAUUGAAUCUAACACAUAUUUUGUCUCUUGUAUUGAUGGUCGUGGAUUUGUAGAAUUGACGGCUGCUGUCGAUAAGAGAGUGAUGGCAAUAAGUGGUGUUACAGUUCGCCGAUUGAAAUUACGUCCUCAUUCAGAAGCAUUUUCAUAUUUGUGCAAGUAUUCUUUUCUUGCUGGUCAACCGACUCCAUCAGAAGAUAAUAAUUAUUUGCUAUGCAAUCCCAUUAUUUCACUACAAUUGAAAGCCAAUAUGGUGAAUGUAACCGCAUUGGAACCAAUGAAUGAUUGGACCGAAUUUCGAUGGCAUUUAAAGUUAAAAUGUACGAACUGUGGUGAAGAACCGAAGCAUUGGCAGUAUGUUAUUGCAAAAGAAAAAUUUAAUAUACCUGGAAGCAGAGGAGCUGCAAAUAUAUUGGGAAAGUGUAAACUGUGUAGCAGGAUAAAUUCGCUUGAAAUUGUAAAAGAUUCAUUUCAACCGUAUAAGAACAAUAAUGACUAUGGUGAACUGAUUAGAUUUGACUGCCGUGGCUUGGAACCAACCGAUUUCGACCCGCGAUCAGGAUGGCGAGCUAUUGGAACAGAAUCAGAAACUGUUUUCGAAAAUAUUGAUCUUACUGAAAAGGAAUGGGUCGAUUACGAUGAGAAAGCAGCACAACCAACGGAAAUUAAUGAAAUGCACUAUCGGUUUGUGCUUUUACGAAAACAAUAA